AUGUUUGCGAAUCCAUUCAAGCUUUCCUCGUCUGCUCUGGAGUUCACACCCCAGGGCGCUGCGAGUACACAGUUCAAGCAGCAGCAGUACUACCAGGGCUACCAGCCGUACCCUGGAGUGCAGCAAAGUGGCGUGAAUGCCUAUUACACCGGAGGUUACCCUUGCGGCUAUUAUGGCGAUUCCAUGCAGAGCAUUCCUGCCACGCACAGCUUUGCCUCAACAGCUGCCCUCUCCACGCCUGGAGCUAUCAACCUGGACGAGUUCUCUGAUUUGUCAGACUCCGACUCAGACGACGAGGCCGCCCCCGUCACACAGGUGAAGGCCCCUGCAGAAACAGCGAAGCUGACAGCCCCGGGUAUUGACGUCACGCCUGAGGUAAGUGAGGGCAAGGAGCCGGCGGAGGAGCCAUGCCCAUGUGCCCUUGACGUGCAGUCUCUGAAGAAUGAUACCGAGGAUGCGACUUCUUCCGAGCUGCAAGACGCAAGUUCGCUUUCCUCUUAUUCUGAGGAGGAGGUGGACCACGAGGACCCGGCCGGGCCAGUCUCGCCAGAAGCGGUCUUCAGCCUGAGGCAGAUGUUGCAGUGGCGAGAGUGGGUGCUGGAGCACGAGCAGCCCACUAUCUUGUACCGCACGCAGCCAGUCGAGUCCAGCCCACCUGAGGCCUCCUGGCGGAUGCAGGAAAGGGCCGGCCCGAUCUGCAGUCAGAGGAUGCAGUCCAAAGGCAAACUCCUGGUCUCCGACAACUCCUGGGCCGCCAAACAGAGGCGGCUCCAUGAUUUUGGUGAUAGCGUCGACUUGAAUGCGCAUGUCGCCCGAAGCAUCAAAUCGAUCUUGAACAAAUUGACGCUGGAGAAGUUUGCAAAACUUACGCAGCAAUUGCUUGCAUGCGGCAUUUCCACCUCAAGCCAUGUUGAGAUUCUGAUCCACGAGGUCUUCGAGAAAGCCACGACGCAGCAUCAUUACAUUGAUAUGUACACAGACCUUUGCGUGCUGCUCCACGAGCACUUCACAGUCAAUCCUUUCGAGGGUGCUGGCAGCCUACAAGCAGGACGCAAGCUUACUUUCAAGCGUCUGCUUCUGGACGAGUGUCAGAUGUCCUUCGAAAGACUUUUGGCCCCACCGGAGGGCUUGGAUGAACUGGCGCCAGAAGAGCGAACGGCUGCGGAAGUAGGCUACAAGACCCACAUGCUCGGCAAUAUCAAGCUGGUUGGCGGGCUCCUUUCCCGCGGCAUGCUGGCCAGCAAGGUGGGCAUUGCGAUUCUGGAAGAACUCCUCUCCAACCCGACCCCGGAGGCUCUUGAGUCGGCUGCUGCGCUUCUCACGACAUUGGGCCCCACGGCCGACUGCAAGGAGUGGCCGCAAUACACCGCCCUGAACGCCAUCUUUGACCAGAUCUCCACCAUUGUGAAAACCAAGAAGUGUCAGCCUCGCGAACGAUUCCUCUUGAAGGACCUCUUGGAGCUCCGGGCGGCCGGGUGGGUCACAUUCCGACCCCGGAGGCUGGAGAGGGCCAUGACGCUGUCCCAGGUCGCCGACUCCGCGGCGGGGCGGCGGGUAGAGCCCCAGGCGAUCCGCAUGGUCGGUCCUGCGGCGCCGGUCUUUGAGCAGGACAAGUUCCGUGAGGGUGCGAAGAAGGCCCUCGUUGAGCUGCGCUACAGCGGCUGCCUUACCGAGGCCUUGGCGAGAUUGGCAUCCUUGGGCGUUCCUCCAGUUGCUGAACAGGCGGCUGAGCUGGCUCAGAUCGCAAGCCUUGUGGUUCAGGAAGGAGCCGUGCCCGCACGCGAGUCGGGCAUGAAGGUGAUGCUGGAGCUGGCAGGUAGCAAAGGCUGGGGCGCGGAUGCGCUCUGCUCUGGGAUCACCUUGUUUGUGAAGGAGAUCGCACCGGACCUUUGCUACGACGUGCCUGGAUUGCAGAAGAUCUUGUCCGAGGAGCGAUUGAUGCGUCGGAAAUGGGAUUCGAACAUUCAUGACAGCAUGAAGAAUGCAGCGGCCAUUCACGAGCUUGGCGCAAUAGCUGGCGUUUGUGAGGUUGGGCUCAGUCAUAGGCAUGCCAUGUGCGGUGUUGCGAAACUGGUAUCGAAGGAGCACUACGAGAAAGUCCUGAACGGGGCCUGCGGCGCCAUGCAAGUAUGGCUCUUUCUCGUUACCACUGCCGUCGUCGCUCUCAACUCGCUCUAUUUUAAGCGGAUGCUCAACUGCUACCGCAGCGUUGGAGGCUUCGAGCAGCAUGACUACUCGGUUUUCGUGUCUGUCUUCGACAUCCUGCUUUGGGCAGUCUUCAUGUCCGCCGUAGCGCAUGCCACAGGUGCCAGACCGCUGCGGUUGUCUGAAUUCCCUCGUCGAGCCCUCCUCCGCGUGGCCGCCGUGGACCAGCUAGGAACUCUCUUGGCCAGUGUGGGCGCGACUCACCUUGCCGGCCAGGUUCAGGUGCUGAUGAAUCAGUCCGUGCUGCCGCUGACCAUACUCCUGUCUUUGCUGCUAGGCCGACGCUUUUCGUCGGGACAGCUCGUUGGUGCAGGGGUAGUUCUUGCAGGCGCCAUCUCAGCAGUGCACUUCGAUGGCGAGGCUGUGUCAGCUUCACAGCUCCUCCUGCGAAGCCUCUUCAUCUUCUCGGCCGCACAGGUGGCGGUGGCAUCCGCGACACUUCUCAAGGAGGCGCUCUUGCAACGGCCCGCAACAAGCCGACGCGCGAACGAGUUCGAUGAGGCGAUCUCUCUGGGCGUAGCGAUCGCUUGGAGGCGAGUGCCCAUGGGCAUUGCCCUCGCGCUUCUGGUUCCACUCAGGGUGCAAUUGCACAGCCGAGGCUUGUGGGCAGACCUCCGGGAUGGAUUCCUCUGCUUCUGUGGACAGCAGCCUCGCUUUGGAGACCUGGGCUGCCCUGCUGCUGCCAAAACGACCUUCAUGAGCGUCGGCUUCUACUCUCUGCAGACAUUCCUUUGCUUGAGGCUCACGCAACAGGCCGGCGCGACGAUCCGCAGCAUUGCCGCAGUGACAGCCCUUCCUCUCGCCCAGCUGCUUUUUGCACAGCAAGGUUCAGAAGGAGAGGAGCUCGGCACAAGGUCCUUGAUGGGCUUAGUCCUUUGCCUCGGCGGCUUUGCCAUCUACACCGCCGCGGAGAAGAAGAAGAACGAGGUGCCUCAGCGUAGCGGCCUUGAGGAGCUGGAGGAGAGGGUACGAAGGCUGGAGUUGGAUGUGCAGAGUCUCCCAAAGCUGGCAGCAGAAGACGAGGGCACCAAGAUCCUCCAAGCGGCGGACAACCUCGCCCUUACGGGCGACGAGCGCAGUCGCAGAAGAGUGUUGGUUCAGAAUGUGAACCGUCUGCUGGUGUUCCUCGAUUUUGUCAUCUUCACUGAAGAAACCGAUCUGAGUAUUGUUGAAGAAGAUGACGAAAGCGAUGCAAGACAUUUCGUGAAGCUCAUCAGCGAUAUUGGCAGCCAUUUAGAGUUGAUUGUAGGCGAAGCGUCCGUGAGUUUUCGAAAGAUCCUCGGGUGGUGUGGUUCGUAUCUGGUAUAUUCAGUGGACGCUUCUCUCCUGGUCUACGACUAUCGAGACAAGGAGCUGAAAGCCACGAUCACAGGACACAGGGCGGAAAUCGUGGCAGUCGACACGCACGACCCCGAGAUCCUGGCGACUUUGGCUCGGGAUGCCUCAGUGAAGCUGUGGAACGGACGGACCGGGCAGUGCAUGACGACCGUGCACUUCCCAGAUGCACACUACUUCAUGGAGUACCCGUACUGUCUGUCCGUGAGCGGUCACAGAAUUCUGGUAUCUGCUGAUGAAGGCGUGUUUCUGACUGAGUUAGAACAGACGCCAGCGGAGACCCGGCGUCACUUGCCGCGUUGGGUGGAGGUCCAGGAGCGGGGGAAGAUCGAGAUGAAGGGCAAGGGCCAGGUGACCACCUACCUGUUUCGUGGAGCCUCGCGGCAAGCCGAGCUUUCGCGAGAGCUUGAGCGAUCCCAUGUCCACUUCGGGGGGCUCGCACCUGUCGAGAGGCCUGGGACAUUCGGUCGUUCUCCAUGUAAUUAUUGA